GGAAGUCUGAGCCUUCAACAUUGGAAGAACAGGGCAUUUCUCUGCUGAUUUGAAGUGAGGAAAGUUUGAGCUCCCUUCAGCCCCACAAUCUUCCUCCUUGCCACCCUCAACCCCGCACCAUGCAAAUUCCUCUGGAGAAACCUGCGCUGCUCUUCUGUCUGCUGGUCUUCGCCUUUGCUGUAGCCCUCAAAGGUGCCCUUUCCAACAUAAAUAUGGUGGCGUCUGGUCCCAAGGAGAGGAAGGUCUCUGGAUCACUUCCACUUACCUGCACUGUAACAGGAGCACCUCUGGAUAGCCGUCGCUAUGACUGGAAUUGUAUCCGUCAGGCUCCAAGAGGAGAGCUACAAUUUCUAGGCUGGAUCUAUCCUUUUGGGAAUAACACAGGCUAUGCCCCGACCUUCCAAGGCCGAGUCACUAUUUCUGCAGACAAAGCCAAGAACAAGGUCUCCCUGCAGCUGCAUGCCCUGACAGCCACCGACACAGCUACCUACUUCUGUGCCAGACAACACACAAUGAGAGAACUUGGAGUAGCAACAGACAAGCUUGUAUUUGGAAGUGGAGUCUCCAUCUCAGUUGAGCCAAAGAACCAAGACGAUUCUGCCCUGGAAGUCAUUGCGCUUAAAUCAAGGAAACACAAACAGUACAGUGGCAAAGUGAACGUGGCUUGUUUGGCACAGACUUUCUACUCUAAGAAUGUCAGCCUUGAUGUACCCAAGGGCAGCACUGUAUAUGACCUGAAGGCACCUCUUGUCACAUCAGAGGGGAUGUACAGUACUAUGAAGGUAGUUGUGGUGGAACCAGAUACAGCGGUGACCUGCAAGGCUAUGCACAAGGGCAACAAGACUGCAGCCAGCACAACCCUUCCAGAAAAGAAAUCUGAAGAACUGGUAACAGUGAAUGCUUGCAACGUUACAGACACCUCUUCAAAAGGUAUCAAAAUGGAGAAAGUGAACAUGCUGUUCAUGACUGCAUUGGGUUUGAGAGUCCUGCUGGCAAAAAGCAUCGCCUUCAAUAUACUCAUGAGUAUCAGGCUGCUUCUCUUCUGAGGCAGGCCAGAGCACCUCAGGUUGUAUCAGAAAUCUUCUGCUGGCUGUUUCAAGUGGAGAGCACAAAAAUCUGGAGAAAAGUCAGGUUCGGUAAGGGACCUAAAGGGAGGAUCUCAAAACUCAAAAGUGUGAAAAG